AAUAUCUUCUCAAAUAGUUAUCUUUCAAAUAUGAUUACUUUUAUGUUUUAAUGGAUACACGUGCGUAUGUCUAGUGCUAAUUUAAUGUUAUCUUAUCUAACUGAGAAUAAAUAAAGUCUAGACAAAAAUGUUCUCUUAACCAAAUAUUUCGAGUAAUGUUGUACUUUUGAAAAAUGAUUAAGGCUUAUGUUAUACAGAUGUAAUAUUUCUUUGUGAGUAAAGGCGUAUACAAACGAAUACUAUUUAGUGUUGUUCCUUAAAACUAUAAACUAAAUCUUAUCUCGAAUAUCUGCGGCGAAUUCGGCAGUAUGGGCCUUUAGUAACCUAACCGUUGGUCAUUGGCUUUCAGAACUUUUUGGCUGAGCAGACGGAAAGGUGUUGAACUUCCUAGUUAUAUUAUAGUGCUCUGAUGCCUGAAAUAUGAUUUUAUAGAAGCAUUAACAAUCAAAUUAAUUUGAUUAGACAACCCUUAUUAAAGCUGGGCGUCAAGUUAUUUGUAAUUAUUGUAUUUAACUCCAAGAUCUGUUUAAAGUGUGUAAAAUGCAGUCGGUUAAAGGCAACGAUCUCCCGGAAAACCCUCGAGAGCAAUCAAACAUUUUUUCGAUAUUAAGUUUUUGGUAUACCAUACCCACUUUUUUAAAGGGGCACAAGGUCACAUUGGAUACGAAGGACCUUUACAGGCCGUUGAGAGAGCACAAGUCAGAAACCCUCGGCAAUAAAUUAUGCAGUGCAUGGGAGAUGGAACUGGAGACUCACAAGAAGAACGCUAGUUUGCUGAGAACUCUCCUGCGGGUAUUUGGCUGGUAUUUCGGGUUCCUUGGCCUAGUUCUCUUCAUCAUGGAGGCUGUGCUAACGAUGCAGCCUACAUUUUUGGUGAAGCUUAUAUCUUCCUUCUCCCACAACUCCGAGUUCAAGGGGUCAGCAUAUGCAUAUGUAGCCGGAGUAAUUUUAUGCAAUGUCUGCUGCGUGACCCUCCUACAUCCCUUCGCAUUUGCCAUCACUCACUUAGGCCUAAAGAUUCGGGUGGGUCUAAGCAGCAUGAUCUACCGGAAGGCCCUUCGCCUGAGCAAAUCUUCUUUAGGCGAAAUAUCUGCCGGGCAUAUCAUCACUUUAAUUUCCAACGAUCUGAACCGAGUGGACUCGGUUCUUCAGUAUACGCACAUUCUUUGGUUGGGCCCACUUCAGACCUUUUUAGUAACCUAUCUUUUGUACAAGGAGGUUGGAGUUGCGGCGGUGUUUGGCAUGUCCUUCAUGCUACUCUUUAUACCCCUGCAGAUGUAUCUGGGCAACCAGAUCUCGGUACUUCGACUAGAGACCGCUCUUCGGACGGACAACCGAAUGCGGAUAAUGACUGAGAUCAUCUCAGGUAUUCAGGUGAUAAAAAUGUACGCGUGGGAGCUGCCCUUCGAGCGAUUGGUUUCCUAUGCCCGCAAAAAGGAAAUCAAUACCAUCCGGCACGUCAGCUAUAUUAAAGGCAUCCUUUCGUCCUUCAACAAAUUCCUCACCCGCGUAUCCAUUUUUCUCAGUUUGGUUGUGUUUGUCCUAUUGGGAAAGUUCCUCACGGCGGAAGUAGCCUUUCUAGUCACCGCAUACUAUAACGUCGUGCGGCUUAAUAUGACCACCCUUUUUCCACUAGGCAUCACGCAGACGGCAGAGACCCUAGUUUCCAUUAGGCGUGUGCAAAAGUUUUUGCUAUCUGGAGACGCGGAAACCUCGGAUAACAAGGUAGAUUACACUGAAACAGGAGAAGGCGAAAAACUCAUAAGAACGACUCGUAGCGUCAUUACUACUGAAGAACCCGAUCAUUCGAAGGCGUGUUUAUCCAUAUGUGGUCUUAAAGCCAAGUGGGAUAACAACACACCGGAUUACACACUAAGUGGAGUACACCUACAGGUCCAUCCUGGCACCUUGUUGGCCAUUGUUGGUCACACUGGUUCCGGAAAGUCCAGUCUGAUUCAAGCCGUUCUGGGAGAAAUCCGUGCCGAGUCUGGUGAGAUCAAGGUUAAUGGAUCGAUUUCCUAUGCCUCCCAAGAACCGUGGCUUUUUUCGGGCACCGUGCGCCAGAAUAUCCUCUUUGGCCAGCCCAUGGACCGUCGUCGAUAUUAUUCGGUGGUGAAGGAAUGCGCUCUUGAACGAGACUUUGAGCUACUUCCCUUGAAGGAUAAGACCAUAGUGGGAGACCGCGGAGCUUCCCUAUCGGGAGGGCAGAAGGCGAGAAUCAGUCUGGCCAGGGCUGUCUACCGGGAGGCCUCCAUCUACUUGCUGGACGAUCCACUCAGUGCGGUGGACUCCAAUGUAGCCCGCCACCUCUUCGAGCACUGCAUGCGCGGCUAUCUGCGUGAUCGAAUCGUCAUUCUGGCCACCCAUCAGCUGCAGUUCCUGCAGCAAGCCGAUCAAAUAGUGAUCAUGGAUAAGGGCCAGAUCAGUGCUGUGGGCACCUAUGAGGAGCUUCUAAAAUCGGGCGCAGACUUCGGAAGCAUUUUGCUCAAUCCAGAAAACCACGAGGAGCCAAUUGAGGAGCCAUCAAAAAUCCCUUGCAUCACAGACGAGCGACGUAGCAGUGUGAAAUCGGCUCUGUCCAAUGCGGAAUCCUGUCCAGAGGAAGACCCAAAGGAACCGGUGAUCAAGCUGGAGCGGAAAUGGGUGACUCGUUCUGGCUUGGGAGUGUACACCGAUUACUUCAAGGCAGGAGGCGGCCUUCUCCCAUUCGUCGUGAUGAUAACCGUUUCUUUAGGUUCCCAGGGCCUAGCCUCGCUUGGAGAUUACUUUUUGUCCCCCUGGGUUUCAGGAAAACGCGACGACGGUUUCAAAGAAGACCUAACAAUUAAGCAUAAAUCUGAGAAUGACGCAAUGCACGACAUCUACGUUUUUACGCUGAUUACAGUGCUAACCAUUGUUGUGACCGUAAAAAGGUCCUUUCUGUUCUACAACUUGGCAAUGAAGGCCUCCAUUCGUUUGCACAACUCCAUGUUUCGUGGCAUUAGUCGAGCUUCCAUGUACUUCUUCAACACCAACCCUUCGGGUGGUAUCCUAAAUCGCUUCUCCAAGGAUAUGGGUCAAGUGGAUGAGGUGCUGCCCACCAUAAUGAUUACCGUCAUUCAGGACUUCCUCUCGCUUGCCGGCAAUGUCGUAGUCAUAUCCAUUGUCAAUCCUGUAUAUCUUAUACCCGCACUCGUAAUAGGUGUAUUCUUCUAUCAGCUGCGUACCUUUUACCUCCAAACUUCGCGGGAUGUAAAGCGAUUAGAGGCUAGUGCUCGAUCUCCAGUUUAUUCGCAUUUUUCUUCUUCUCUGACUGGUCUGUCCACCAUUCGUGCUUUUGGAGCUCAGAGCAUUUUAGAGGCGGAGUUCGAUAGCUAUCAAGAUAUGCACAGCUCCGCUGCCUACAUGUUCAUAAGCACAUCACGCGCAUUUGGUUAUUGGAUGGAUAUAUUCUGUGUACUCUACCUAGCGAUAGUCACACUCGGCUUCUUCGUCUAUCCCCCUGCCAGUGGUGCUGAUGUUGGUCUAGCCAUAACACAGGCCAUAGGCUUAACGGGAAUUGUCCAAUGGACUGUCCGCCAGUCGGCCGAGUUGGAAACCACGAUGAUUUCCGUGGAGAGAGUGAUUGAGAACGAGGACAUUGAGCCAGAGGGAGAAUUGGAAGCCCCGGCGGAUAAGAAGCCACCCCAGUCCUGGCCAGAGCAGGGAAAACUUGUGUUUGAUGAGCUGAGCCUGCGAUAUACGCCGGAUCCAAAGGCGGAAAAUGUGCUCAAAUCACUUAGUUUCGUCAUUAGGCCAAGGGAAAAAAUUGGUAUUGUGGGACGCACUGGGGCGGGAAAAUCCUCGCUGAUUAACGCCCUCUUCCGACUGUCCUACAACGAUGGAUCCGUCCUGAUUGACAAAAGGGAUACAAAUGAGAUGGGUCUGCACGACCUUCGCAGCAAAAUCUCGAUUAUUCCUCAGGAACCCGUUCUGUUCUCCGGCACAAUACGAUACAACUUGGAUCCCUUUGAGGAGUACAGUGAUGAAAAGUUGUGGCUCUCCUUGGAGGAAGUCCAGCUUAAGGAGGUGGUGGCCAAUAUGACCACUGGCUUAGAGACCAAAAUCACCGAGGGAGGAUCCAACUUCAGCGUGGGUCAGCGCCAAUUGGUCUGCUUGGCAAGAGCCAUUCUGCGGGAAAAUAGAAUCCUAGUGAUGGACGAGGCUACGGCCAAUGUGGAUCCCCAGACAGAUGCUCUAAUCCAAGCCACCAUUCGAAACAAGUUCAAGGAGUGCACUGUCCUAACGAUCGCCCAUCGAUUGCACACCAUCAUGGACUCGGACAAGGUAUUGGUAAUGGAUGCUGGACGAGCUGUGGAGUUUGGGACGCCCUAUGAACUUCUGACAGCGGUAGAUUCGAAGGUGUUCCACGACAUGGUUAGGCAGACGGGACAGGCCUGUUACGACAGUCUGGUGAAAAUAGUACAAACGUCCUUUGAAAGUGCAGCCUGCGCUACUUCUUCAGGAAAUGCAGCAACUACGUAAAGGAAUUUCUUCUAUAGGCAUAAGAGGUUGUGCAGCGUAUAUAUGUAGUUAUAUCAGAUAAUGUUGGAGAUUUCCAGAUUUAGAUUUACUUCUCAAGCUGUAACCAUCAUUUCAUUUCAUUUCAUUUGUAAUUCUUGAGAAUUAGAUUACUUUAAGGUUUUUAUGAGAGUACAAUUUAACGAAAUCAGCACUUUAAUU